AUGCCCUUCCCACCCGUCCCUCUACACCGCCCACUUGCAAACCAUCACACAACAGCCAUCCUCAUCCACGCCAUCCUCACACACCCUCCCACCGGCUCCCUCACCCCGUUCCUCCUCAUCAACCGCACCUUCUACACCGCCCUCGCCCACCUUCCCUAUACUUCAGUCCAGCUGCACGAGGGGAAUGUGCUAGGUUUCUAUGCCGGACUGGGAGGUGAUUGUGGACCUGGUGCAGAACGAGGGGACGGAGGGAAGGAUGUGAGAAAGCUCGGGGACGAAGAUAUCAUACGCCGCCCCUCCAGAGCCCCUGCCCUCUCCGCACCCCUUCUCGCCCGUAGACUCCUACUCAUCAGCAAAACCGUCCACCUCACCCUGCUCGACGCCCCUUCUUUUCUGCUCACCAUCCACGCCAUAAGCCUCUUUCGCAAACUCCUUGUCUCCCAGCUCAACGCCCAUAUCAUGCACUAUUUCGACACUCGGAACAAGCGGCUUGCGCUCUUCCAGGGUUGUGAAUGGCUCGUCUUUGGGGAACAGUUGUGGGGGAGGAUACAAGAGGAGAAAAGGGGGAACAAGGUGAUGCCAAGGCUGCUGAUCAAGAUGGGGUACGGCUGGCACAACGCUUCUCUCUGCGUCCCUCUUACCCGGGACAAAGUCUCGCGCAGCCUCGUCACCGCUUUGAGCCAGUUUUUGGAGCAGGAUAGUUUUCGGAAGGUGGUGCUGCAUGGGGCGAGGAUGGAGGAUUGGUGUGCCGAUUUUGGGGAGAGUGUGGUGGAGGCGUAUCUUUGUGAAGACACCGGGGAGGAGGAAGAGGAGGGCAAGGGAUCGAAAAGGGACGAGGGAGUGAAGGUAUGGGCAAGGUGGAUACAUGACCUACUCGAACACCACCUCGAUAAAACAACCCACCGACACCGCUACCUUUCCCACCAAACCCUCCUCCUCUUCCACCCCAGCACCACACAGAGCCUGGGAGAAGCCGUCAUGUCAAUCCCAGAAGGGAGGUACAUGACUAGAGUCGUCGUCGGGAGAGGAGGUCUGAGCAGGAAGGGGGGGGGAUAA